AUGACUCCGGAGGCUAGUGGAAGUCGCGAAGCCGGAUUCGCACACGCGAUUUCCGCCGCAGGUGUUGUCCACGCCCUGGCUCGAAGUUGUAAACAAGCCCGAUUGUAUUCGUGCGGAUGUAGCAAAGCGGAUCGACCGGAUCAAUUGCAUCGGGAUUGGAUUUGGGGUGGCUGUGGAGACAAUAUUGCUUAUGCCUACCGAUUUGCCAAAGCAUUCAUCGAUGUACGCGAGAAGGAGCAAAGUUAUCCGAGGCAUUCGGCUGAACUGGCUCGAAUGCUCAUGAAUCUGCACAACAAUCGAGCUGGGCGACUGUGGAUGGGUUUUCCGUUACUUAUUCACUGGGAUAUAUUGUCUAUCAAAUACGAUCAUAAUAUUGAAAGUUUACAACAAACUGGCAUGGGUGAGAAAAAACCGUACGGGUCAGAAAACUUUCCUGGCCGAAGUUAG